AUGCUUUCGCUUUUGCGUAAUGUAAGUUUUAUGAUGGUGAUUUUUGUUUAUGGCGGUCUAGCGCUUGAUUUAAUCACGCCUUAGUCUUAGUACUAUGUGUAGUUAGUAUGGUAAAGGCUUUUCUGAUGUUAAAAGUUUUUUGUGCAUUUUACAUUGUUUUAGGCAUAAAGAUGGCUUAUAAGUAAAAAGAUUUCUUCAACUUAUAGAUUAUGCCAAUAUAUGAUAAUACAAGUGAAUAAUAUUUGUUUUUUAGUUAUCUCAAGGAACAGCUCCAGCCGUAGACAAUGCCACUCACCCAGACACUUCAGAAACCGUCUAUAUUUCGGCUUUGGCCUUGUUGAAGAUGCUUCGUCACGCUCGCUCAGGUGUCCCAAUGGAAGUGAUGGGGCUGAUGUUGGGUGACUUUGUUGAUGACUACACUAUCAAUGUGCUGGACGUGUUUGCCAUGCCGCAAUCGGGUACUGGAGUGUCAGUCGAAGCCGUGGAUCCGGUGUUCCAGACUAAAAUGAUGGAUUUGUUGAAACAGACUGGCCGACAGGAAAUGGUGGUCGGGUGGUACCAUUCUCAUCCUGGGUUUGGGUGCUGGUUGUCUAGUGUUGAUGUUAAUACUCAACAAAGUUUCGAGGCUUUGUCGCCGAGAGCUGUCGCUGUUGUAAUUGAUCCGAUUCAAAGUGUCAAGGGGAAGGUAUGUUUUAUGACAUUUUUUAUUAUAGUUUUAGAAAGUUAAAUGAUUUUUAUACGUAAAGGGUCAAGUUAUGAUUUUUUUUGGAAAAACGUAUUAGUUUGUUGUGCUAUAUUCUUUAUUAAAUUGCAUUAAAUGGUUUUUUAGGUAGUUAUUGAUGUGUUUCGCUCUAUACCGAACCUGGGAAUGAGUUUAGGAAAGUCACUUGCGCCUACGGCUGAACCACGACAACUAACUUCAAAUUUAGGUAACAACUUUAAUUUUUUUUAAAUUUAUGAAGUCGGAAAAAGAAAGAUUAUUUUCAGUGAAUUAGAUUCUUGUAGUUAACAUUAUAAUUUUUUAAUUAGUGUAAACUAUGUUCUUCAGGCCAUCUCGUCCGUUCGUCUUACGUCGCCCAGAUGCGUGGCCUCGGAUCCCGCUACUAUUCUCUGCCAAUUUCAUUCAAAAUGAAUUCUCAAGCUCAGAAAAUGCUGCAAUGUGUCCACAAGAAGGACUGGAGUGUACCAUUCGUAGGAAAAACCUUUAACAAACACAAAGAGCAGAGUCUGGAGACGGCCAAGGAGAUGCUCAAGAUGGUCAAGGCCUUCACCAAAGAGAUCGAGCUCAACAAGGACAUUAAGAAGGACGAGGCCGAGCUGAAGGCCAUGGGCAAGCUGAAUCCGAAGAGAAGACUCGGCGACCUGUCGCGACAGUUGCUGGAAGAGAAUAUCGUCGGACAAACUCGCGACAUGAUCAACUCGUCUGUAUUCAGAUGA